AAGUUACUAUUUCACCAAACGGAGACGGUGUAAUGCGGAUGAAUUGGCAUCGCCCUGACAUUCCCUCCACCUCGUGUAGCUCAGUCAUUAUUAGUUCGCUUUUUGAAGCCUUCGCUCUGCUGCAGUUUGUUCACUCUAUAUGGUUAUACGGUGAAGUUACAGUCACCUCCCAUCCAGGCGUGGGGAUGGAGCUUAAAGCCAACUUUUUUGGGGGAACAGAGAAGCAAAGUUCCUAGUGGUGUGCCUGAAAUUCCUAUGCAGGAAGAUCAACGUCAUUCCGUAAAAAAAAAAACCUCAGACCAGAGUAACAGGAAAAGCCCGAGACCAAAGAUCUUUACCCGAGACCAAGGCAUUGCUCUUCGGUGUACUGGGCUGCUCAUCUCCAGAGGGCAGACCCACGACCAGUUCAACUGUUGAAGCUUUCUGUCUCUCUCCUGCAGACCUGAAACCAGCUGUUCUCCGGGAGAGAAAAAUAAAGUUUGCUUCAUCGUUUGCACUUUCAGAGGCUGAGCUCCAACGGAGGGAAAGUGGACACUUUGAACAACUGCCCCCUGCGACAAUGGCCGCAAGAUUAGCUGAGAGCGAGGCGGUGUUCCUGAGCUGCUCUUUGAUUCUCUUCGGUUUCUUGAUGUCUGGCGUUGAAACGACUCUUCCUCCAUCUGCCAGUUACAACCUCUAUUCGUCCAGGUCCAGGUCCACUCCGCAGUUUGCUGGCAGCAGAACUCCAGGACGCAGCAAGAACUGGUGCGCCUACAUUGUUAAGAAGAACGUGACCUGCUCGGUGAUGGACGGCGCAGAGAGCUACACCAAGGCUGAGUACCAGCCGUGUCCCUGGGGUCUACCCAACUGUCCGCCUGCCGUGGUAUAUCGGACACAUUUUCGCCCGACGUAUAAAGUUGCUUUUAAGGUGGUGACACAGCUGGCGUGGAGGUGUUGCCCUGGAUUUAAGGGUGAAGAUUGUAAGGAUGGUCUCUACACACGCACUGGCAUUUCUCCUCUGCCAUCUUCGGACACCCGCAAGAGGAAUCUUAACCCAGAAACGACAGAUGGCCAACGUCAUAAAGAGCCAUCUACUGAUGUGCAAAGCCUGAAAAUACAGCAGUUGGAAUAUGAAGUACAACGUCUUAACCAGGUUCUGGAAAAAAUGCAGGCUUCAGUAACAGGACUGGGGGACAGUCUGAGGCACACUGUCCAGGAAGAUACAAGCAAAACACUUGCAACCUUGUUGAACAAUCUAAGGUUCUCUGGCAGUGCUGUUGGCUUCGAGACUACCCAUGAGAAUGGAGACACAGUUUAUCAAUCGGGAAUGGGUGAGGUGAUGUCUAGGUUAACAGAAGUAAAGGACACAUUGAAGAAUAAGAGUGAUAUGUUGGAUGAACUUCACGGAAUGGUGAGUGGGCAUGAUGGACAAUUGAAACAGCUGAUGGAAGUAGCCCAAGGACCUAUCGCUACUCAUUCUCCUUUUGCCAAUGGCGACUUUUACCAGUCUUACAUUGACGGCAAAUUUAAAACUCUGAGGGAAGAGAUGAUGCUCGGCAUUGACAUGAAGUUUGCAGAUCUGAAGAACUCCUGCGAGUACAAGCUAAUGUCUCUCAAGCAUCAGUGCGAGGAAAAUGAAUUGCAGUAUGAAAACAUGGAAAGACGACUCGACGAGAAAGAGGAUGGACUGAGAAAGGAGAUCGAUAAUAUCAGAAAGGUUCAGCAGGAAUCACCAGGUCAUUACAACUGCUGUGCUUCCAUAAGCACCUUAAAACGCCGAUUGAAUAACAUGGACAUAAGGGUCUACAGAAUAGCAGAUGCAAACCAGGCGUUGAACGCUAGAUUGGACAAUGAACUGGAGCGUUUUACCACCUUUAAUCUAGAAAACAUUUUUGGUGAGAGACUGGAAGAAAUUGAAUCUCGAAUAAAUGUGACGGAGAGGAAUGCCGAGGAGCACUGCUUUUACAUUGAGUACAGUCUGAGAGGACAUAUCGACACUGAAGUUGAUGGUGUUAAGGGACUGCUUAAGAAAGAGCUCCAGUUGUUACGGACCAAACAUGACAAUGAUUUGGCACUGAUUGGCAACACAACUUUUGCUGCUGCGAUAGACAGCGAGCUAGAAUCGAUACUCCAGAAAGAUUUGUAUUCCAGGAAUGAUCAAAUCAAUAAUAUCAUGGAGCAUAUUGAGAACAGGUUACAAGAGUUGGAAAAUGUAUGUCAGAGCGGCUGUACAUCUGAUGCCAGGGAGAUGAGGGACAUCAGGAAGGAUUUAGAAACCUGCAAGAAUAACGACAAAGAGUUGUUCCUAAAAACUGAGCAAAAUUUGCAUCUUUUUACGUCUCUGAACUGCACAGUUCAUGAAGGUUUCAGGAAGGUUCAAGAUAAUACAGACUUGCAAACGACGCACAGAGAAAUCAACAAAUUGAAAUUUAUCUUGAACUCCAUUGAGGAUACCGUACAAACUCAGUGGGAAGGUCUGAACAAGAGCUCUGAAGCACUCUUAACCGUCGAGUCCUCUUUAACGAAGAGGCAACAGGAGUUCCUGGAUAAGAUUUACAAGCUGCAAGAAAAGGACAGGAACUUGGAAACACAGCUGCAGAGGAAUGAGAGCCAGUUAAACGAAAUGAAGGAACAACUGGAGCAGCUCACAGGUCAGAUGGCAAAAGACAUUAACGAGUGUAAGCACGGUACCCAAGGCAUCCAGAAGGAAGUCUCCCAUAUUGACAGCAAGAUCGCACACAUUGAAAACGUUUGCAGUAAGCUGGAUAAUAUUUCUGGCAGCCUCCAGCGAAUUAAAGAUGGACUGAACAAACAUGUCAGUAGUCUUUGGAACUGCAUCCAUCAGAUAAACGAAACUGUAAAAUGGCACACCACAGAUAUAGUCACACUGAAGAAACCUACUCGCCGACUCCGAAUCAAAAGCCCCAAAAUUAGACACAAAGUUGAUGGUUUCCUUCCACGUCACCCCAUACCAGUGGAAAGGGGCCAAGCGGGACCGCCGGGACCACCCAACGCGGCAAGCCUUCUACCUGACUCACUGAGACACCCACCCAAUUCGGCAAGGAUCCCUCCCACCUCUCCACGUAUCCCACCCAAAUCGGCAAGACGUCCACACAACUCGCCGAGACUUCCACCCGCUGCCGGAACAAGCCAGAGUGUCAUUCGGGAAGUUGGUUACGCAGGUCCACCAGGAUCGAGGGAUAUCCCAGAUAUUAAUGGCUCACCUAGGAUCAAGGAACACCAAAGCACACCACCAAUGACCAGGCAAAAUGGAGUCACCAGCAAUAUAGGUGUCCAAAAGCACGUGGCCUUUUCCGUAGGCCUGACCAGAAAACCAUUUGUUGGCGAUGUAGGAAUAAUCCGAUUCAAUAAAAUUUUAGUUAAUGACGGAUACCACUACAAUUCAAAUACAGGUAUAUUUACUGUUCCUUUGGAAGGACAGUACCUCAUCACUGCAGUUCUUGCUCCUCAGAGGAAUGAACACAUUGAAGCAACCCUCACUGUUUCUAAUCGAAGUAUCACACAGAUGGACACGGCUGGCUAUCGGAUAGAGCUGUUGGAAUCUCAAAGACCCUUCCUAAGAAGAGAGAUUUGUGGGGGAAUCGGGACCUUCAACCUGAUUCUAAAUCUUAAAGUUGGGGAUGAAGUGAGUGUCUUUGUGAUUGAUGGUAAACUAGUCAACACAGAUGAAAUGUACUCAACUUUCAGCGGGACUUUGCUAUACGAAACAUCCCCACAGAGCUAGCCAACUUGAAAACUGGGCAAAUUAACGUUUAAAAUACACCAAUUUAGGGUGUGCAAAGGGAUGUGGAUAUUCCUGAAUCUGACAGUCAAAAAAUAUAUAAAAUGUCACUUCCUUUAAGGACUAAUUCCACCAAGUUAGAAUUCUGCAUAAGCUUCCGGCUUAUGAUUUUAACAUUCAAGACUUUUAAAUAAUCUUUCCAUAAUAGGAUUUCACGAUCAGUCAUUUUACUAACUUAAAAAGUAUUGUCUGUUGUGAGAGUUACUUUGAAAUAGUACAAUUUCACUUGUUGACACAGUUUACCAGAAUGUCACAGCUGGAGGGUUGUCCAAUCAAAUGUUUUACAUAUUUAUGGAUGUGCAAACUUUAUCCAUGUGAUGGCAAUUUUUAAUUUUUUUUUUCAUUUUCUGGGUAGUUAUUUUCAGUUGUACUGUUGACAAUCUGUUCUUAAUUCAGCAACAAAAUAUUCCCCCCUUCACCCUCACUCUAUAUUUAAAUCACAGGGGAAAUGUUCCCUAAAGCUUAAACCUGCUCUGAAAUGCAAUCUUGGGAGUAAAUAGAUAAAAUUAAGAAUGAUACAAUUCCAUUAUGUCUGUGAAGAUGCAAGAAUUUAUAGUAAUAAUUUACUACUUAAACCUGUGCUCCGCUUUAUGAUAUACUGGCUUAGUGUUAAUGGUUAUAGGGAGAAGGCAGGAGAAUGGGGUUGAGUGGGAAAGAUAGAUCAGCCAUGAUUGAAUGGCAGAGUAGACCUUAUUAGACCGAAUGGCCUAAUUCUGCUCCUAUCACUUAUGAAAAGUAGCUUUGCUGCAUACCAUCAAAAUGCAUAAUUUGAAGGGGUUAUUGCACUUGCAUAGGUAAAUUCUUGUCUUGUGCUCUCUUGCUACAUGUUAUGUUCCUGUAUGAAUCAGUGCACCAAUGUAAACCAACAAAACUGAAUUUAGUUAUGCAUGUUGCCAAAAUGUUAACAUGCAUCAUCGGGUUCUUUGGUGGGAUGGGGGGGUGGUAGAGGAAGGGAGAAUCAUUUAUUUUCUUGACACUUGCUUUAAACAACAUUAAGACAUGGACAACUACAAGAAAGGUAAAAAGCCAUUCGGGAAAAAUCUUUGAAAAGUAAAAAUAUGCUAAGCGCAAUAAACAAUCGAUGGUGGGAGAAUGUGGUAGAUGGAAUGCAAUUCAUAAUGAAUGGCUCACACCAUAAACCACCUCAAACUCAGGUUAUCAUUGGCUAUAUUUAUUGGACUCUAUAGCCAGUCUAUUAAAAUAUUUUGUGUCCAAAUAAAUAGCAAUUUGCUUUUGCUAAUGUCUUACAAUAAUGCAAUUUUAGGUUGCCUUUUGGAAUUAAUAUUCUAUAAACUGAAAAUGUUAAUUCAUACAAAUUGGAUAUCAACUUUAACUCUUUAACACUACUUUAUCACAAGCAUUUUAUAAAAACAAGCUAGAGAAACAAUUCAAAGAACAUUUGAAAGAGUAUUAAUAUAACUUUUGAUAUUUAUAAUAGCUAAAUAUACAAUUUUCCCACUCACCUACACUUAAACUUCAGACAAUAUAUUUGUUAGAUUUUAUUAAAAUAAAUAGUUCAUUA